AUGCGACGGGUAUCAGGAGCUGUUCUUGCUUCGUCGAUAUGUUCGAGGGCAGCCGUAACCCCAGCGUUUGUAGCCGUGCCACCACCGGCAGCAACAUCGUCGUCGUGGCACACCGCAGCGAGAUCAUGCUCACUCAUGCCAGUGCAGUCCGUAAGACAAGAGCAAGACGCGGGAGUGAAGGAGGAAGAGGAGGAAGAAGGAACUUAUGGAGGGGAUGACCAGCGGAGAUUUUGGGAUACCGUGGUCAAGGUUCUCAGGAGCGAGCUAGGCGCAGGAGAGAACCCGCCGGAAGACCUUUCGCGUGUCUGGGGCUUCGUCGCGCACAACCGAGACGGAAAGGCGCCUCCCGCAGAGGCGUCGCCCUCGUACAGAGCUACCGGCUUGUACUUCCCGGGGCUGGAGGCCAAGCCUUGGUGGGAUGACAGGUCAGAAUUUUCUUGGCUGCAAGAUUUGGAGGACGCCGCCCCUGAUAUCAAGCGGGAGAUGGAGGCUCUCGAAAGAUUGGGGGGGGCGCGGAGCUAUAAGGGCGGCACGGGGGAGAUGAGCACAGUUUACGAUGCUACACGUGGAUGGGGUACGAUGAGAAUACGCUACAUGGGCAGGUUCGGUCAGCCCGGCGUCAACUACUCCCUCCUGCCGCGCACCCUGGCCGCCCUGCGCCGGCUCCCGCUGGCCCCGGAGACCGCCGCCUUCCAGCGACAGCUCCCCGGCACGGGCCUCCCGCUGCACGUCGACCCGAGCAACUUCGUGCUCGGCUGCCACGUAGGGGUGGUCGUACCCCCCGCCGCCGCCGCCGCCGCCGCCGCCGCCGCGGGGGCGGCGGGCGAAGAAGGGUCCGCAGACGGCUCGGCGGAUGCCUCGGCAGCGACUGCCGGCGACCGGCGAGGCGGGAAGGGGCGCGGCGGCGCGAACCGGAACAAGAGGGUUGCCGGGGGGGUUGGGUUUGGGGGAGGUGGCGGCGUGGUGAGAGAGAAGAAGGCGGCCGGAGGGGAAUCCGGGGGCGCGGGGUCUACCGCCGGGGUUGGUGCAGUCGAACGGAGCAAUGGGACUGGUCGUGAUGGCGGGACGGAGAGAAGAGAGCGAAGCGGAGAGCGAGCGUGGAUAGAGGUUGCCGGCGAGAAACGGCACUGGGAACUGGGCCGAGCUUUCGUCUUCGACCCCUCAUUUUUGCACCGCACGUACAACCCUACGGACGGGGAGCGGGUUAUUUUGAACAUUGAUGUGUGGCAUCCGGGGCUGAAGGAAGUCGAGAAGACUGCUAUUCGGAGGGUUUGCGAGCUGGUUGAGCAAUGGAACUCGCGGUCAGGCCUGUUCGAGGACUGAGCAAGAGGGCACUCCGCUACCGUAGUACACCGCGAGAACGGUGACGCUAUGAAAACUCUGUCAUUGCCUUUGUCAUGGUUGAUUGCCGCAUUCUCCAGUCUUGAGAGUCGUUUCAGACACCUUGGCUACACAAAGUGCGAUGGGAACUUGGGGGUUGCCGCCGAAUAUCAUCCGUAGACUUGAUUCCGUUGAUGACUCAAUUCACGCCUUUGGGACGAUUCGAGUGCAACCUGCCAACUUCUGGGAAGAAGGUGGAGAGGGAACGAUUGCAGUGCGGAAGGGUUCAGAGCUGAAAGACGGUAACGACAUGGAAGAUGGAGCCUCCAGCUGCGAAAAUAUAUGUGGAGUCAUACUACAGGGCCGCCCUUGACCUUGCCUUGGUUUGGUAUAAUUUGAUCAUGUCAGCGGCUGAUAUUGCUAUGUGGCAUUGUAGC